AUGGCGGGCGAGCGCCUGUUACUGGGGGACGACUUCCUGUCUCCGCCAACGCCUCCACCACAGCCGCCACCGCCUCCAGAACCGCAGCCCCAGCCGCAGCCCGAGCCAGAGCCGGAGCGAAAGCAGGAGGUGUCGGUAGCUGAAUGGCGCUACAGCCACGAAAGCGACCGGCAGUGGGGGCUGCGACGGGAAUUCAUCUCCCGGCACUUGCGGAACUACACCGGCCCUGGCGAGUCUGAUCAGCUGCAGUCUCUGUCGACUGCCUGGACGAACCAUGUCUUCCUGGGCUGUAAGUAUAGCCCCCAGUUGAUGGAGAAAAUCCUCCAGAUGGCAGAAGGCAUCCAUAUAGAUGACAUCCCUCCCUGUGAAGUGGUGCCCGAGACGUCCAAAGGGCAGAAGCGGCCCAUCUCCCCAUUUGCGGGGUCGAGCUCUACCAAAAGGAAAGCAGUUCCUAGAAUCCCCCGCUUUGAGCCUGUCCAUUUCGUUGCCAGCAGUAGGGAAGAGGAGAGGAGGGAUGACCCCAUGGACACAGAUGCACCCUGGGCAGAGCCACAGACUGACACCUUCAGGUGGCCAGGCGAAGGCCCAAGAAAGUAUGGUGCCGGAGAGAGUCGGCCUCAUCCUGCAGUGCCCAGAAUGAUUUCAAAUACCGGAGAACCGGCCACGAGUAGUGCAUUUCAGAGGUCAGCUUUUGGGGAAUCUUCCUUAGCAACAAAAUUGCCAGAGGCAAUGCUUGUUGCUAAACAAAAUUUGAUUGAAAGACUCUCUGCAACUAUCCGGAAAAAUCUUCCUGAUCCAGAGCUGUAUCUUGGCUCUGAGAAAAUGAGUUAUACAUUCAUUUUAACUCGUUGCAUACAGGCGUGUAAGACCAAUCCCGAGUAUAUAUACGCUUCUUUAAAAGAAAUUGCCCCAUCUGAUAUCCCCAGAAGCAAGAAAUUUCUGACUGAUGGCUACGCUUGUGAAGUUCGGUGCCAGAGUAUCUAUUUGACCACAGGUUACGCGGGCAGCAAGAAUGGAUCCAGGGAUCGAGCUACAGAGCAGGCUAUAAAACUUCUCCAGAAGUCUGUGGAAGUUAGAGUGGUAAGAAGGAAGUACAGACACACUUAUCAAGAAGAUCUCGUGGUGUUUCCCACAGGCUUAUCUUCUUAUGAUUUCCCGCCAGCUCUCAAGCCCUCAGAAGACCUUCAGUCUUUUAAAAAUGGGCCAACACAGCUCAGUUCUUCUGCCAUUGCAAAUUUCAGACAGUGGGCUAGUUUUGUCCUCAUAGAAAAUGCCAGCGAUUCCAUUGGUAUCCUCAAUAAUUCUGCCUCCUUUAACAGAGUGACCAUUGAAUACAAGUAUGAUAUGAUGCCCAAUCGUUUAUGGCGCUGUCAAGUGUUUUUGGAAGGCCAAUGCUUAGCUGAAGGAUAUGGGAGCAAAAAGACAAGUAAACAUGCAGCUGCUGAUGAGGCAUUGACUAUUCUGCAAAAAACUCAGUCUAACAUUACAGCCACCCAAGUCCAAACAAUAGAUUAUUCUCCUAAGGGAUAUUCAAGAAAGACAGAGUUAAAGGACCUUGUUGUUUAUGAGAAUUCCUCAAAUCCUGUGUGUACCCUGAAUGACACUGCCCAGUUUAACAAAAUGACUGUCGAGUAUGUCUUUGAGAGACUAACAGGCCUCCAAUGGAAAUGUAAGGUAAUUCUGGAGAAAGAAUUAAUAGCAGAAGCAGUUGGAUUAAAGAAGAGUGUCAAGCAUGAUGCUGCAGAAGAAGCUGUGAAAAUCCUUAAAAGGACUCAGCCAACUGUGGUGAACAACCUGAGGAGAGGUACUAUUGAUACUGUAAUCUCAAGAAAUGAAAUUCGUGGCCGUUCAGCAGAAGAAGCUUAUCAACAGCAGAUCAAAGAAGACAAUAUUGGAAAUCAGCUGUUAAGAAAAAUGGGCUGGACUGGUGGAGGUUUGGGGAAAUGUGGUGAGGGCAUCCGUGAACCCAUCUCAGUCAAAGAGCAGCAUAAACGAGAAGGCCUUGGUCUUGAUAUAGAGAGGCCAAACAGAAUUUCCAAGAGAGAUAUUGAACAGAUCAUCAGAAACUACGCCCGCUCAUCAAGCCACUCAAACUUAACUUUCUCGACAGAAUUUACCAGUGAUGAGCGAAAACAAAUACAUCAAAUUGCUCAGAAAUAUGGUCUUAAGAGUAAAUCUCAUGGAAUGGGGCAUGAUAGGUACCUGGUGGUUGGAAGAAAAAGGCGCAAGGAAGACUUACUCUAUCAACUGAAACAAGAAGGCCAAGUUGGACAUUAUGAGUUGCUUAUGCCUCAAGGAUUUUGAGGCCAGAAUUGUUUACUUUUUGAAUGCUUUUUGUGGAGGCAUUUUUUUUGGGCAUAUUUAAAAAUUUGAAAGAAAUGCUGUAUUUUCAGCUUUCAGGAGAUAUUCAUCACAAAAUGUUUUACUUUGUCUAUUACAUCUAAUACUUCCUUGGGAAUUUGAAACUUUAAAAUGUUCUGUUUAAUUGUGCUAUCUUAAUAUUGACAACAAAGUAGUGCCAGUAAUGUGUCUCUGCUCUUACUAGUUCUUUCAGAUUUUAGUAGUUUGUAGCAACAAAACCAUGUCUACAUGGAAGGAAACUGGUGCCAUUAAAAAUAUGGUUCUUUGGCGUUUGCCCUUUAGGAAUAAAUGUGCAUUUUUCUUCCCCCAAAAAGCAAAGCAUUUUGGAGAAAAUGUAUAAAGUUGGUAUUAAGUACAAUGAAAGGAUAACUUGAUUUCUAGGAUUCCUGAAAAUGUCACAUCAUUUCGUACUUUUAUCUCAUAAUUUGUGUGAAACUAAUUAUUCUAGAAUGUUUUAGCAGAGUAAGUUGUCUAUGCUGUGUGUGUAAAAAUGUCCUUAAUAGCUAAACAAUGUAAUGCUUUCUUAAUGUCACCUUUGGUGUUGUAGAUUAUAAUUUCUAAUAUUUGCAGGAUGAUGGGAGUGAAUUACUGUACUUUAAUUACAUCUGUGUUCCACAUGAGUUAAGGUAGUUGAGUAUUGACAUUUUUCCUGUUAUCCCUACUUGAGAGUCAUUGCAAAGUCUUUUAAAACUCUUAAAGUCAAAUUGAAGAAUUGAAGCUUAACCUACUUGUCGCUUUAGUAGAGAGUCACAGCAUCUUUCCAUUGUGAUUUUCAAUUGGAUGUGUACAUCUAUGGCAACCACAGUGUCGUCACAGCUUUUGUAUAGUGCUGAAGAUAGAUAUACUUGGUGCUUUGCUUCAAAAGAUGUUUAACUCUUCUGAUCUCUAAAAGCUAAUUAAAUCUAAAAGACCAAGUUUGUACAUAUUAACAGCUUUUAUUUUUCGUGUAUUUCUUAAGUAAUAUGUUCUCUGAAUGUAAAAUCUAUAUAAGCAAACGAGUGAGCUUAAUAAAUGGAAGCAUAAUGAAUAAAA